CGCUUUGCUGAGGGGAGGGAAGAGGGCCGAGCCGGGAAGCGGCGCAGUCUAACUUGAGACUUCACUGGGGAAGUAAGGAAUACGUUUCUCCACAAAGCGCCGUAGUUUUUAAAGAAAAACAGGCUUAAGUAACUGAAGGAAACUAUUUGAGAGUUGGGACCUACGUGCUGCAAAUGAAUUGGAGAGAGAGUUGGAGACAAAGGGGCAACUAUGAAUGAAGAGCAGUUUGUAAACAUUGAUUUAAAUGACGAUAACAUUUGCAGUAUUUGUAAAUUGGGAACAGAUAAAGAAACACUUUCCUUCUGCCACCUUUGUUUUGAGCUAAAUAUUGAAGGAGUACCAAGAUCUAAUCUCUUGCAUACCAAAUCAUUAAGGGGCCACAAAGAAUGCUUUGAAAAAUUCCAUUUGAUAGCAAACCAGGAUUGUCCUCGAUCUAAACUCUCCAAAAGCACUUAUGAAGAAGUCAAAACUAUAUUUAGUAAAAAGAUAAAUUGGAUUAUACGGCAUGCUCAGAAUAAAGAUGUAGAGUCUGAUCCUGAAUGUUCCAAAACUUCCCAGCACUCACUUUUAAAUUUUAGACAUAAGUCAGAUACAAAGGUAUUGCCACAGUUUGAUUCCCAAGUACCAAAAUAUUCUGCAAAAUGGAUAGAUGGAACAACCGUAAACAUCUCAAACCAUGCACAAACAAUUUUGGAGCAAAGAGAAUCUGCAAGCUUUGGGCUUGAUAUGUUGCAAGAUCCAAAUGCCCCUUUCUGCUAUAAUAGUGUUUUAUGGUCUCAUCACCAGCAGACUCAGAAGAAAGAAAAGAAAGCUUCUGUUUCAGAAAUUAGUGACCAGAGACAACACAUUUAUUAUACAAGAGAACAAUUGAGUUCAAUGAGUCUUGGUGAGGUAGAGCAGCUGAAUGAAAAGCUUCGCCAGCAAAUCCAAGAAAUUUUUGAACAGCUGACACAACAAUUACAAGAAAAGGAUUCUUUGGCUUCAGAACUCCAUGUCCGACACAUUGCCAUCGAACAGCUACUUAAGAAUUAUUCCAAGUUACCAUGUCUUCAAGCGGGGAAACAAGGAAUGAAGUGCAACCUUCCCAUAAGUAAUUGAACAAGACUUAAAUUUUUAAUUAGUUUUAUCAUAUUGAUCUGCUAUGCGCACAAACUUCUAAUAAGUAUGUUGGGAAAUUGUGGCAUCCUUUUGAAAACAUUUGGAAUCUUUUCAACAGGCAUUCAAUCUAUUUUAAGUAUAAUUUUUAAAAUAUAUAUUUUUCUCUCCAUUUACAUGUAAAACAACUUUUAACAUUUGCCUUUU